AUUACGGCCAUUUGACAGCGGUACUGCAGGGAGCUGACAGGAGCCUCUCCCGCUCAAGAAAUUUUCACGUAAUAUUUUUUUCCAUAAUGAAAUUUUCUUUGUUUAAUUACGUUUCCUGAAGACGCAUAUGAAGGCGCGGUUAAAUGCAGUUCACUGACUGAGGGGAUUAUCCUCUUAAAAGAUCUCACAGUAGACUGCUGCUUAAUUAUUCCUUACCAUGGCGACGGUUGUGAUGGAGCAGAUUGGGCGGCUGUUCAUCAAUGCACAGCAGCUUCGCCAAAUCCCCCGUUUCCUGGAGUCAGCCUUCCCUAAACUGCCUUGUACUGUGAUGGUGAGCGAUGUGCCGUGGGUUUUCCGUGAGUCGCACAUAUUCACGGGCUACAGGCCGCCUGACCAGAACUGGCGCUACUACUUCCUCACUCUGUUCCAGAGGCAUAAUGAGUCUGUAAAUGUGUGGACACACCUGCUGGCCUCCCUCAUUAUCUUAGUCAAAUUUCAGGAGCUGUCAGAAACCGUGGACUUCCUGCGAGACCCUCACGCCCAGCCGAUGUUCAUCCUGCUCCUAGCAGCCUUCACCUACCUGGGCUGCAGCGCGCUUGCCCACCUGCUCUCGGCCAAGUCUGAGCUCUCCCACUACACCUUUUAUUUUUUGGACUACGUUGGCGUAGCCGUCUACCAAUAUGGCAGCGCCCUGGCCCACUUCUAUUACGUGAUCGAACAAGAAUGGCACGCUCAAGUGCGAAGUUUUUUCUUGCCAGCCGCGGCCUUCCUGGCCUGGCUGUCCUGUACGGGCUGCUGCUAUGGCAAGUACGCCAGCCCAAGCUUGCCCAAAUUCGUUCACAAGCUAUUCCAAGUGGUUCCCUCGGGCCUGGCCUAUUGUUUAGACAUCAGCCCGGUGCUCCAUCGCAUCUAUAAAUGCUACAGCUCCGAACAAGGCUGUGCUGACCAGGCGGUGGUGUACCACUGCUACCAGGUCAUCUUCUUUUUAAUCAGCGCCUACUUCUUCUCGUACCCUCAUCCUGAGCGCUGGCUCCCGGGACGUUGCGACUUCAUCGGGCAGGGCCAUCAGAUCUUCCACGUGUUCCUUGUGCUCUGCACUCUAGUGCAGAUCGAAGCCGUGCGACUGGAUUAUAGCGAGAGGAGUCCUCUCUAUGAAAGUCUCCAUGGAGACUUGGCUCACGAUGCAGUGGCUCUUUUUAUCUUCACAGCGUGUUGCAGCGCACUCACUGCGUUCUAUGUGCGCAAACGGGUGAAGGCGUAUCUAGAGGAGAAGCAGGAGUAGGCAGGGACCUUGCUUGCACACGUAGGAAGGAUUGCACUGGUCUACAACAAUUGAAGCAACUAACAAUGAAGGACCUUUUUGUUAUUGUUCAGUGCAUCUUAUAUUUGUCAUUUUUGUUUUUUUUGUGGCCUGCCAAUGCAUUUUGAACCAACUGCUUUCUGUUUACCAAACUGGUGACGUGCUUUAAAACCGCAUCACAUAUGAAGAAUGGCUCUAAAACAAUGGAUUACCUGCUGAAAGGUGCUGAUCUGUUUGACGAGUGCCAUUACAACCUAUUUAACCUGGUUAACAUGAGAUCUGUGAAGGGAUGUCAGCAUUUUUGCUGACAGUUUAGUUUGCAUACAGGAUAGUUUAGUUAGAUUGGAUCAUUGGAAAUGUUCAUAUUUGCAUUGUGCCUCUAAAUCCAACCUCAUUUUGGUGCAGUGUACAGCUCUUAAGUAUGUUACUCAUAUGGCAUUUGCACAUUUAGCAGACUUAGUACACUAAAUACACUUUUUGUCCUGCGUUCCCUGGGAAUUGAACCCAUGACCUUGGUGUUGCUUGCUAGCACCAUGUGCCCGUGGUUUGAAUUACAGGGAUGCUCACAGCAAGUAAAAUGUCAGUUAAUAAAGUUCCCAUGCCAUCAGACCAGUGCAAUUAGCAAAAUGUGGAGCUCAGAUGGACUUAAAUUCACAGGUGUUUUAAAUCAUGACUAAAAUAUUGCAAACUUCACAAGGAAUACCUUACUGAGAGAUGACUGAUUAAUAAACAAUUUUUUUAAUGAAUCCGAUCAAAUUCCCCACUCUGCAGUGCUUUUUAGACAACAAUUUUCUGUUUUGGCUACUAUUACCUCAGUAAACCAAUGCAAAUUAGUGUCAAAUUGACUACUGACUUGCCUUACAGUGUGUUCGACCCGUCCAGUGCCACAUUGAUGUUAGUUUAUGAUUACUUGCGAAUGCAAUCGAUUGGUUUUGCACUGCCAGUGCACACUUCCCUUUUUGAUGUGUAGCCUCUGAAGAGUGCUGAAAUACCGGAUGUUAUGAAAAGGACAGUAGGCAGGAUGUGAUAUCACUGGAUUGCAAUAUAGUCAGAUUGAAGGAUUUCAGAUGUAGCUUGGCAGAUUAUAAUUUGACAAAAAUGAGAACUCUGCGUGUUCUCUAUGCUUCAAAGUUAUUAGAAAUUUGCUCCAUGCCAUCAACACUCUUUGUUUGGAAAAUUUUAAAGGGAAAGUUCAUUCAAAAAUGAAAACCCAUUAUUCACUCAUUUUCAUGUUUUCCAAAUCUGAAUGACAUUUUGAAGAUUGAUCUUACUGUUGCCCAUACUAUGAAAGUCACUGGGGUUCAAAAUAACUUUUCCUUCAUUUAAUUUUAAUCCAAAAAUAUUUUUUAUAAAUAACAGCAGAAUGUUCAUUUUUGGGUGAACUAUCCCAGCCAAAGAGGCUUUUGAGAAACAAUGAAUUAUGUCCAUUACAGCUAUGAUGUCUCCGUUUGUCAUGAAGAUGCUCCUUUUGUAUGCAAGGGCUAUAACUAUGGCCUUUACCUUUACUCAUACCCUGAUAUGAAUGCCUUUGUGUGUUCUGUGCAUAUGUGGAUUUUUCUAAUAGAAGUUCAGCACUUUAUUUACAAGAACAGUCUGAGCAUCAAAACUAAUGUGUUAAAUAUAUAUUCUGAUGUGCCUGACUACAUGCAUGCGUCCAUUGUGUGAGUAUGCAUACAGGUGCUUGUUGUGUGUGUGAGUGUGUGUGUGUGUGCAUUUUUGAAUGUUUGUGUAUAGCUCUGUGAGAUGGCUACUGAUGAGAAAGGAUAUGAAGGUUCCUGAAACUGUCUGGCCUUUUAAUGACCGUGAAAUGCAUCUAGCUCUUGUAUCAUGAAUUGUGUAGCUCCCCUUGUCUUAGCCCUUGUUCAUAAACCAACACAUAUCCAUCAGAUUGAAGGUGGAAGGAUGACUUAUUUUCCCAUUGAAGUGAUUCAUAUUCCCUUGAGAUGAAUAUAUUGAAUAUCACUAGGCUAUUGUUGCAUUAACCAGGAAAGCGUCUGCGCGAUGUAGCACAAAGGCUGGUUUAUGAUCCAGUCUCAGAAAAACAAAUUGUUGCUGUGGUAUGAGCCGUUUGAGAAGUAGCAAAUAAGCGAAGUCAUGAUAAACGGUGACCAGCAUUUAUUUUUGCAACCAGGAACACAUGGAGAGGAAAAAGGGGCUGUUCACGCAGAACGCGUUUUUGCGUUUCAAAAUGCAAGACGCUUGAUAAUGGAAUGGGGGAAAAAAAAUUCAAGGACUAGAGAUACUUUUUUUUUUAAGCUUAAUUUAUUUUAGCACUGCAUUUUUAAAAUGCUGUGUUGUGUAAAAUGCUACAAACGACUCAAGUAAAAUGGUCAAAGAUGCCCAUUUAUCACGUUUAUAAAGAAACUGAAUGAAAAACAAUACAGUGGAAAACAGAACACAUUUUUUUCCCUCCGUUCAAAAUCACGAGACACCGGGCAGUGACAUGGAAACAAGAGCAAGGUCUAGAGACUUUUAAGUUGGACUUAACAUUUGCAUGUGGCGCUCAUGUCUAGCGCAUGUUUACAUAGAACAAUAACGGGAAAGUAGCACAGUGGAUUGCGAAAACGCAUUCUGUGCAAACAUGUUUUUAUGUUUGGAAAUGAUGCAGGGCAGUGGAAUAAAACAAAGAGUAAGGUCUAGAGUGGCAUUUUUUAAAAGUUAAACUUAACUUGAGCGCUGUGCAUUUAGAAUGUUGUAUUAUGCGCAAGAUGCCGCAAAAGACGCAAGAUGUAGCGUGUAUUUAGCAUGGAAUGUAAAAACGCGUUCUAUAUGAAUGGCCCUCCAGUUUUAUCAGCACCAGCAGACAAUAAUGAUGUCACAGAUUGAUGAUGUCAUCAAAGACUAGAACCGAUGAAGUGAUUGAAAUGUUGUCAGUUGGCUCAUUAUGAUGAUUUACAAGGCAAAUAUACCAGAAAAUGAUCGCUUUAUUUAAUGAAAGACCAUAUUGAUUAUAAUAUUAAUUACAUACUAUAGAUAUUAAAAGUAAACUAUUAACAGAAUAUGUUGUUUUAACUGCUGUACCACAGUUUAAGAAAUGAACAGACCAUUUAAAAUCACAUAGUAGAUAGUGAACAGGAGGCUGCCAAGAGCUGAUUUCACUGAGAAAGACAACAAACGAGGUCAUAUCCUGGCACCACCGGGAUUUGACCUAAAGCCUCAAUUCCCGUAAUGCUCAAGUGGAAUUCUGCUAAACUGUGAAGUGUCUCUUUCUCAAAUUCUGUACUAAUCUACUCACCUCGGAGACACUUACAGAAUCUUUUCUAUUUUAAACACGAUCAUGUUUAGAGUUUGUUUUAACAAUUGUGUUUCUUUUUGUAUUGCACUUAAAGAGGAAGGACUGCUCAGAAAGUUACUUGAGAACCUCUUGAUUUUUGUUCAGCACUUGAACAUUUUUUUUUUUGACUGUACUCAACCACGAACCCUUGCACGGAGCUGAUCUAACACUCAUGUUCUGCUGCAGUGCAGAACAGCAACAAUAAAGACUGGUGAUAACCUAAACUAUACCGUUGUGUGUGGAAAUGACUGUGUUGAUGUACUAUGGUAUUUAAGUGAAUAAACAACUGUAAGUCCCACCUUCCA